CUACGGUAGCCGCCGUGGCCCAAACCUCGCAGCGCGGUUCCCUCUCGAAACUACCGUUCGUCUGUUUACUUCGUGUGUGAUGAUGAUGUGAGACCGAAACCGCUAGCUAGUCUAGCAACGAUAAGGAACCCCCGGUAAGAGAUGGAGGAAAAAACGUAUGGCUUUGGGGGACACAGUGAUGGGCCUCCUUUCACUUUUCACCUUUGUUCUCACCUGUUCGCACUAAAGCAGCCGUUAAAUUCACACGAGUUAGCGUUAGCCUGUUAGCAUGCUAUGCUCCAGGCUAGGCUAGGCUAGCCCAGUGGGUUCGCGUUUCGAAUUUGAUUUGAUAUGGCGGAUUGGACACUCCUCAACACUCGCCACCGCUGGGAUUAUUUUCCAAUUCACCCCUGUGUGAUAACGCCCAGCCGCUGUUAGGUGCAACGGGGUUUCAUACGUGACUGACGUAGCCGGCACGCCCGCUGCUGAAGUCCCAAGCUAACGCCGCUGCUAGCGAAACUGUGCGGCCCCCGGGAUGGAGCCAGGCGACUUGCGGGAGAGCCCCGCCGGGUCCGGGGAGUCUGACGCCGGGGACUGGAGAGAGCUCAUUCCCAACGGGGAUGGGGAGGAGGAGGUCAAAGACACCAACGGACUUACACUGGAGACGGCCCUCAGGGACACCUGCGGGGAGGGCGAAAGUGACGGGCCGAAAAGCGGGGGAGAGCAAUUGCACGGUCCGUACGAGGAGGAACUGGACCCCCGGAUCCAGGAAGAGUUGGAGCACCUCAACGAAGCCAGUGCAGAGAUCAACAAACUCGAGCUGCAGCUGGAUCUGCUGAUGUUGUGGGAUUUCACCGUUUUGUGGCACUGUGAGCUGAAUAUCCCCGAGGAUGCCAGAUCAGGGUACCGGAAAAUACUAACGGAGUCCGCCAGGAAGUUGAACGCGCAGAGCUCUCAGCUUGGGAGCUGCAUAGAGAAAGCGAGGCCAUACUAUGAAGCUCGUCGCCUUGCAAAAGAGGCACAGCAGGAGACGCAGAAGGCAGCGCUGAGCUAUGAGAGAGCGGUUUCUAUGCACACGGCUGCCAGGGAGAUGGUGUACGUGGCGGAGCAGGGCCUGAUGGCGGAUGGAAAGAACACCCUGGAUCCUACCUGGCAGGAGAUGCUCAACCAUGCCACCUCCAAGGUGAACGAAGCGGAGGAGGAGCGACUCCGCAGCGAGAGGGAGCACAUGCGCGUCACACACGCCUGUCAGGAGGCCGAGGCUCGCGUUCAGAUGCUGCAGAAGUCCCUCAAACGAGUCAUCCUGAAAUCCAAACCUUACUUUGAGCUCAAGGCCCAGUUCAACCACAUACUGGAGGAGAACAAGGCCAAAGUGCUGCAGCUGGAGCAGCUCGUGGCCAAGGUGAAGACCCGCUACUCUAUCGCCCUGAGGAACCUGGAGCAAAUCAGUGAGCAGAUCCACGCUCAGAGGGGGAGGGACCAGGCCGAGGGAGGGCGCACCACCGUGUGCGGCGGGCGGAGUCCCCCUGUCGGAGCCGAGUCAGACAUGAAGGGCCAGGAAGAAGGCGGAGCCUGCGGCGGUGGCAUUACGGGGAGCGACCUGGUGGAGAAAUACAAGGAGAAGGAAAACGAGAACGAGAGGGAGCGAGCGGGAUCAGAUUCCCUGUCGGUCUUCAGCCUGCAGACCAUCGCUUCCGACCUGGAGAAAUACGACUCCAUCGAGCACCUCGGGGACUUCAGCGACGUGGGGAGCGUCACCGGGGACGAGGGGGAGAAGGAGCGAUGCGGCGUGAUGGACAGGAGAGAAAAGCUGAUGGAGACGGCCGCCAGAGAGCGACAGCAGCAAUUCUACAAGCAGCACCACCGAAGCUUCAGUUUGUGAGGCCGUCGUACACAUAAAACAAAUAGUAAUACGAAACAUCUCUAACACUAGGUACCCACAGAUGUAUAAGAUAAAAGAAUUGGCUGCAAACGUUAAAAAAAAUGGAGUGAGGCCGUUGUAGUUGUACGAUACUUGGUGUAAAUAAGCACACUUUGCGUUGACUUACAACACUUUAUCCUAAAGUUGACACUGAUCACAGUUAACAUCGCUGCCUAGUUAGAACACUACUGGAAUCUCACAGAGCUUACAUCCCUCCAGGACAUGUAUAAUGCGCAUUCACCCCCUCCCAGAGGACCUCCGGGUCGCAUUUGUUCCUCGAGCACGAAAGGAGCCGCGAAGAAAGUUCCAACAGUGAGACUGGGAAAACGGAAAAAACCCCACCUGCACUGUUUCUUUCCCCCGCGGCCACGUCGAGUCUCGCCACCAAUCUGAGGGUCACGCGGCUCUCACCCGCCCGCACCGGGUCUUAGAUCGGAGGGAGAAAUGACUUGAAACAAUUCUGUCAGUGUCGAGUGAAAAAAAGCAUGUUCGAACUUCACAUUUCAAGUAACUUUGCCGCAUGCCGCAAGUAGAGCUUAUGACAGUUUUUUGGCAGGAGAUAUUGCAUUUUUUAUUAUUAUUCCUGAAUGAUGAAUAGAAGGAACGAUGGCGUAGAGUCUGGACUCUCUGACAGCGUGCACUCCUAGCUAUUUACACAGACGCUUGUGACAUGUAUGUAUUCAACGUAUGUAUGCUGAAACGAACACUGACACAACUAAAGCUGAAAUCAUGAUGCUCCGCCAUGUUUCCUUUUCUUUACGUCUUUAUGCUGUAGUCUUUUUUUAUUAUUUAGAUAUUGUUUACAUUUGUAUAUAUAGAUUUCGUUGGCUAGAAGUCCUUGUUUGCUUUAAAAAAAAAAAAACUAACCUUGUCAUAAUUUGAAGUGUGCCUUGAGUCAUUUAGCAUGAGUAGUACUUGGCUGUAUACUCAUUUGUAGUUCUGUUCAGAAACAUGUAAAAGACCGUGCGUGUGCCCUGUAACGCUUUCAAAAAACAGAACAACAACUCAUAAUGUGAUUCACCCAAGCACCGUUUCUGAUGAGACUUGAAGAGCUAUGAUUUUGUUUUUAUCUGUUAUUAUCUUUUAUGAUAUUUUGUACUUUGAUUGUCAAAGUGUAUGACAAAGUCAAGGAAAAUGACUUGUAAAUGUAUGUAAUUAUUACAAAGGCUAGAAGAUAUGUACAGUUGCGUGCCUGUUACUGAUUUGAAUAUUUGACCUUUUAUUUUUUGGUUGUGGUCGUUUUUGUUGUACAGAUGGAUACUCACAAUUGUUUAAAACAUUAUUGUUGCUGUUUAGCCGUAACACAUCUCACCCUCACUCCAGUAUUAACAGCUGGUCCUCUGCCUUUUUAAUGGCAUUUCUGAAUUAGUCACAAUGACACUCGCCUAUUUCCAACUAAUGCAUUGCCAUUCCCUAUAAUCAAUAAUAAUAAUAAAAAAACGGAUCACACUC